CCAGUGAAGAGCAAUUUGACUUCUAUUUCUCAAGUUUGUUGAUGAGAUUUGACUUGACAUUUUAGAAAGAGAAUGGCUUGGCUAGAUCCGUAUUGUUUAAAAUACCUUACCUCCUAUUAUCUAACGCAGGUGGGCAUAUUUUGUGAGCACUAGAAAAUCAUUCACUACCUGUAUUCUGCAUGAAAAUGGUCAGCUGGGUAGGGUGAAUGGUUAGGACUGUCAUUGUGAAAGAGGCGCAAACUCUGUUCCUGAGGUACUUUCAACAGGUGUGCAGUUUACGAUGUACUGACGUGGUUUCGCUUGGAUGGCCGCUAGAUUGGUCCGUUUUAUUAGGCGACCAUGAUUCUGUAUGUUUUUAUUGACCAGCGUCAUUGUCGCAAACAUGAUUCAACGGCCCCUCGCACCAGUGCACAACACCAUUGUAUUGUCGCCCAAAGCAUCUUCUAGACGCCUUUAUGCCUAAUUGUCUAUAAUUAAAAAAAAGAAUCUUUAUGUUGUCCAGUAUGACAUAUGAAUUAUAACGUCGCUGGUUUUCAUUUUGCCGAAAAUACUACAAAUGCACCCGAACGAGCCGACCUUCCGCGUGCGCUCUCGUUGAGGUUACAUCAUUUUGCGAUAAACAAGAACGAUAAAGAAAUUCUAGACCAUCAUGGCGACGGUUCAAAGAAGCAAUUAUCUCCCUUACCUCCAACAACUUCUCGACACUCAAGGCGAUACGGACGGCGUGGCUAUAGAAAGUAUAUGUAUGAUCUGCCAGGAUAACAGACUCGAUAUUUCAAAGAGUACCAGAGAAUUUCCCGCGCCUAUCCAACCUCCUACCAGGCCUCGGAAGGAAAAACCCCCAAAGGAAAAAUCUCCCGAUGAAAAGAAAUCCCCCGAUGAAAAAUCUCCGGAUGGAAAUGCUUCAGAGGAAAACCCUCUAGAGGAAAAGAGUCCAGAAGAACAAUCUUCAGAGGGAAAGUCUUCAAAGGAAAAAACUCCAGAGAGAAAAUCUAUAAAGGACUAUCUCGAGUCGCAUAAGCAUCUUAUCGAAUAUACAAAACAUGGAAUCGAACGAACUGUCGCACUCGCGUGUGGUCACGUUUUCGGCGACCGAUGCAUUAGAAACCUCUUGGCGAAAGGUUCGGAUCUCGUCUGUCCGUCUUGCGGAUAUAGAAUGGCAUAUCAAGGCUGCGGCCACGCCAUCCCGCCGGCGCUGAUUCCGAUCGACGGCAACAAUUCGGUUCGGGAUACAUUCCCUUUGACGAUCCCCGAAGGCGCGCAAGACCCGCACAGCUGCAUGGAGUGCAGAUGGAUACACAUUCGAUCACAUAUGCGGUACGCGCUCGCGGACGAGUGUAUCCUCUGCCGGCAGAAAGCGCUCGCUAACGUACCGCUGGACGUGCCUGGGCACCGCACGCAUCGAGAACAACAUGUCAACUCCGGACUUAGGCAGGCUUUGAACGAGAUCGUCACGCUUAUUUGGCCCGAGUUUGUGACACGGGAGACAAACACGUCGCUGGCAAAGGCCUUGGCUGAAAGUGAGCGCCAUCAAAUCCAAGUUUCACUGUUAAAUGCCAUGGUUCUAUCGGAGCUAGACGAGACAAUUUGGUAUCGCACUAAGGCCGGCAGGCCGACUCAGCUCACUAAGGAACAGUUGAGAAGGCACAACCGGGGGAUGGCAUCGAUCGAGCAGACUCUGCUAGAAUGGCUCAUGAACUCUAGCCGAGAGCAGAGACGGAUGUGGUAGAUCAUUCUUCUCUUAACUGUUUCAUCGGUUAGGUACCUGGGGAUUUUCGGCGUUGACAGGUAGGAAAGGGUAAUUCAAGUCGGCAGGGUUUAUAAAUAGGUACCACUCUGUGUGUUCAAUAAAGAUACCAAGGAUGAGUUGUUUUUUUUCUUUACCUCAGUAUCCACCCCUUGGCCCCCAAGUCGUGUCCGAAUGAACAAGGCAGCAACCUAGUUCUCCCCUCCCCCCGCUCGUCAGCCUUAUGAUUUCUCUGCAACUUUGCUCCAACACCGCGAGACCUGUCAGACCUUUUCAGUACUACGUAUAAUAUAUUGGGUGAGAUGUCAUAAUUCAAAAUGGGACUGCCAGCUUUGCCAAGGCGGCAAAGCGGCAAAGCAGUAGGCAGCAGGCUUGGAAAAUCAGAUAUCUCUCCACUGCUUCACGAAUGCUGCAGAUAUCGUUUAACUACCGAGCUAAUAUUACAUGCCUGCAUGCUUCCUUUUUAUAGCCCCCCGUUUGCAAGCCACUAGUGCUACUAGGUGGUACAAUACCUAGAUCAAAUAGUCCUAGGUUGCUCUAGACAAUAGGUGAAACGUG